AUGGAGCCCAACGGGACGGCGGCGGCGGGGGGCAACGCCUCGGCGGCGGCGGCGGGCGGCGGCCCCCCCGGGAGCGGCCCCCUGCUCAUCCCCUCGGCCUUCGGGACGGUGCUGUCGGUGAUGUACGUGGCCGGGGUGGCGGGCAACGUCUACACGCUGGUGGUGAUGUGCCACUCGGCGCGCUGCGCCGCCCCCAUGUACAGCUCCAUCGUCAGCCUGGCCCUGGCCGACCUGCUCUACCUCUCCACCAUCCCCUUCAUCGUCUGCACCUACCUGGCCCAGGACUGGUACUUCGGGGACCUGGGGUGCCGCAUCCUGCUCAGCCUCGACCUGCUCACCAUGCACGCCAGCAUCUUCACCCUCACCCUCAUGUGCACCGAGCGCUACCUGGCCGUCACCCGGCCCCUGGACACCCUGAAGCGGUCGCGCGGCUACCGGAAGGUCACGGCGGGGGCCGUCUGGUCGGUCUCGCUGCUCCUUACUCUGCCCAUGAUGCUGAUGGUCACCCUGACCGAGGGGGGCAAGGCAGAGGGCAAGGUGAAGAGGAUGUGUGCGCCCACCUGGAGCGUGGAUGCCUACCGGACCUACCUGACGGUGCUCUUCAGCACCAGCAUCAUGGCCCCGGGAAUCAUCAUUGGCUUCCUCUACACGCGCCUGGCCAGGACCUACCUGGAGUCCCAGAGGAACCCCCCCCACAAGGAGAAGAGCAAGAGGUCCCCCCGGCAGAAGGUCCUCAUCAUGAUUUUCAGCAUCGUGCUGGUCUUCUGGGCCUGCUUCCUGCCGUUUUGGAUCUGGCAGCUGGUGCGACUCUACAGCAGCUCCCUGCAGCUCACCACCCAAACCCAGAAGUGCAUUAACUACCUGGUGACCUGCCUGACCUACAGCAACAGCUGCAUCAACCCCUUCCUCUACACCCUGCUCACCAAAAACUACCGGGAAUACCUGCGCAACAGGCACCGCAACUUCUACAGGUUCACAUCCUCCUUUCGCAAGAGGGGCUCCAACCUGCAGUGCUCCUGGGGACGGUCCAUGUCCUCCAGCAACCAGUACGACUACAGCUCGGAGGCCCUGGGCAUGGCGACGCUGAAGGACAAGUGA